AUGCAAUUCUGGCACUUGCUGCUCUUCGUCGUCCUGUUCUUUGGAUCCGUUUUGGCCGCCGAUUUGGUAAGUUUGUGUUUAUGGAUGGACACUUUGCAACCUUAGGAUCUAAUCCACAGUCUUGGGCAAGUUUCCCCUCCAUCUGGUAGCCUGGUAGCCGGGACAACCUACAGUAACCCGUGCUCAAUUACAGGAAGGCUCUGGCUCCGGUGAGACAACUCCAACCCAACAAGAGCCGCUUGCCGUUCUUCUGAAAACCGAGGCUCUUCUCAGCGAAAGCCAAUCUCUCGAUGGAAGUGGCGCGGAAGCUUCCGGAGAGGACGUCCAAACCUUCUUCUUCUUCUGA